AUGCUAGCUAGAACGGGUUUAAAAUACGGUACUAAGGGUAAUAGUAAGGUUCUUAGUACUUUUGUUAGAAACAAGAUAACGCUACCUGAUCUAGACUGGGAUUUUGGAGACUUAGAACCAUAUAUCAGUGGACAGAUUAAUGAAAUACAUUACAAGAAGCACCACCAGGCAUACGUAGAUGGAUUUAAUACUAAUACAGAGAAAGUGCUUGAGCUUAAUGAGGAAUUGAAAAAAGAUCCAUCACCUAAGAUUGUUAGAGAAAUUUUGGGACUUCAACAUAACAUUAGAUUCCAUGGAGGGGGAUUUACGAACCAUUGUCUAUUUUGGAAGAAUUUAACGCCUGAGAAGGAAGGUGGGGGACAUUUAUCGAAGGAUACUGGACUGUCUGAAGCAAUCAAAAAACAAUUUGGCUCCAAAGAUGAAUUGAUUAAAUUGACCAAUGAGAAACUGGCUGGAAUUCAAGGGUCUGGUUGGGCCUUUAUUGUCAAGAACUUGGAAAAUGGUGGUAAACUGGAAGUUGUACAGAGAUACAAUCAAGACACUGUUACGGGUAGGCUGAUUCCAUUGGUUGCCAUAGAUGCGUGGGAACAUGCAUACUAUUUACAAUACCAGAACAAGAAAGUCGAUUAUUUCAAAGCCAUUUGGAAUGUGAUUAACUGGGAAGAAGCCGCCAAGAGAUACGAUAACGAGACAAUCAAUAUAUCAUAA